AUGCUAAUCCAGGCGGCAGCAAUCUGUUUGCUGUAUUCUUCGAGAGCAGUAGCACAAAGCGGAAGCAGUAGUGAAACUGAUCUAGGAACGGGAAUUGCAACGACGUUGACAGGAUCGAACACCGCAUCAGUAACUUUGAAUGGUGGGAACUAUGUCGCGGUUACUUCACGCAUAACAUACGCAAGCAAUGGAGAGACUAUUACAUUCACAAGUACAGGCACUUCAUAUUCUCGACCCACAGAUCUAUCGAGUGUUUUGGCGAAUGCAACGGGAACGUCCACUGGCAGAAAUUCAACGUCAGCAACACAAACCCUCUUGGUUGGUGGGACUGCAGCUUCCUCCGGCAACUCGUCCUCGUCUAUCGCGACAGCGACAACGUCUUCAGCACGACCAACAAACACUGUACCUUGCAAUGGCUACCCAGAGUUCUGUACGCGGUCGUAUAGCAACAUCACCCAUGUCUGCGCACACAACAGCCCCUUCAACCGUCCAGGCAACAUCGCCAGCAACCAGGAAUUACCGGUUUUGUCACAGCUGAAUGACGGCGUUCGCAUGCUUCAGUUCCAAGUCCACGACCAGAAUGGCACCCUAUGGCUAUGCCACACAAGCUGUGAACUCCUCAACGCUGGACCGCUGGAGACCUACCUGCAGACUGUCGCAGAAUGGAUGCAGCGGAACCCCUACGACGUUGUCACCAUCCUAAUGGGCAACUACGACGUUCUGCCUCCUGAUCGCUUCGUCGAGCCGGUACGAAAUUCUGGUUUGCUACAAUAUGUAUAUACGCCUCCCAAAGUGCCGAUGUCCAUCGCGGAUUGGCCUACGAUAGGAUCCAUGCUUUUGCAAUCUCAGAGACUUGUCAUGAUGCUCGACUACGAGGCCGAUCAGAACGAGAUUCCUUGGCUGCUGGACGAGUUUAGCUAUGUGUGGGAGACACCCUUCUCGCCGACCGAGCCCUCGUUCCCCUGCACAGUUGAGCGCCCACCAGACCAGCCGGAAGAUAUGAGCCGCGAGCGUCUAUACAUGGCCAAUCAUAACUUGAAUCUGGAGGUUGCUAUUGCUGGGGCGAGCUUGCUUAUCCCGGCGAGUAAUGCGCUCAAUGUCACCAACGGCCUAGAAGGCGAGGGAAGUGCCGGUUGGGCAGUGGCGAAUUGCACGUCGGACUGGAAUCGUCCGCCCAAUUACCUACUUGUCGACUACUACAACAUCGGCAGCUUCAACGGCUCGAUCUUCCAGGUGGCAGCAAACGCGAACGGGGUUAGCUACGACAGGGACUCGUGCUGUGAUACAACUCAGCGUGACUUCAGCAGUGGCGCGGUAACGGUGAUGAGGCCUGCCUCAUCGCUGCUCCUGGCCUUGGUUGCAGGGACAUUCUUGAUCUUUGUAUGGUAA